AUGGCCAUUCCUGUCUCCCUUGUCUUUGUCCGUAAUAAUAUUCUAAAAGUGGAUUCAUUAUCCGGGUAAACAACAUAAAAGUGGGUAUGGAAAUUUAAAUCAGUAAAGGAUAAACUAUUUGUGUCAGUCUUUCCAGACACCACCCAGCUCUCGUCAGGAAACCCAUGGCCAGGUGUCAUUGCUCUCUCCCUGACUUUUCGCUUCAAAACGCCAUAAUUAUUCGUAACUGAGCCACUGGCUUUGAAGUUUCGAGCAUACACAUCAGGACGCCCCUGAAACCAGACUGCAUCGCCUUGCAGUUAAGCCUUACUAAGGAAUCUCGCCAUCGUCAUGACGGGGCGUGUAUUAUUGAAGCACUGCUGACUGCAUAGUUUGAGCAACCGAAUAUCCCAGCAGCUGCUUUUGAUCCCAUAAGUGACUUUCUCAUUCCAAUCAAUCCAUCAUACUUAUGACAACACCUGCCUACUCCUUCCAAAAUGUCCUCUCAUAAACAUCCACUCCUAUCGAUACUGAUCACAUUCUAAAGGAAAUCACCCCAGCCAAAUAACAAACCUUGGACACCGGGGUUUUCCCAAAAAUUUGAAUGAAAACGCUUUUUGACAGCGCACUAUGGAUCACUUCCUGCGACAUUUAGCGCUUUCGCAGCUCAUUUAAGAACUCUUUUUUGAGAUUAAUCAUCGAAAGAUAGGUGUCCUCUGUGCCUUUGCACUCCUUUAGCAUCCGGCAGCCACUGUACGCGGACGAACUUCUCGAGGACCUUCGCUAUACACUGCCAAAGGCUGGAGCAACCGUCUCCAAUGUCUAUUCAGACAUUCGGAUCAUAAGCGGGGACUGGGAAGGUCGCUAUGCCUGGAUCUCAGUGAACUACCUAGCAAAGAAACUCGGCAAUGUAAGUGCGGUCCACUUUCCCAAGCUGGCUUCACAGCCGCCAAUAUAUUUUUUUCUUAACUUCGGCCACUACCAACGGGUGCACUUUUUAUGGUUGGUAGCUGAGUGGUCGUUGCUCAUGUUUGCUUCAGACUUCAUUUUUUACAGGGAUUCUGAUCACUUCCUAUCCCUUAGUACACCCAUCUUAAUCGAAGUGUUUCCUUUUUUUGUCCCUUUUAUUUCCCCUUUGUACCUUUUCAGGCGGGCGUUAAUCAGGUUUUCUAUGGGGUGCCGGAAAAAUGUCCCGGCUACCUAUUGGCCAAAAUCAAUUCCAGUUAG